UCAAUCCGCUGGCGCAACUCACUUCUUCGUCCAUAGAUUCAUAAGUCUCAAGAGAUGGGAAAUCGCAAAAAGUGAAAACUCAAUCAAAUCUCCAAUGAGAACUAGCUUAGGUUAAUUAGCCAAUUUUCACGUUGUCAUCCCUAUUAUGUUUCUAAAUGUUUUUACGGCGCAAGUUUCACCGUUCAAAUAACCCAAAUCGGCUUCGUCGUUACCGAUAGUGGCGCUAUGUAAAGAAAACUAGCGAGCGUUAUGACGUCAUGCAAGACCGCGCGCAAAUGCUGAGGAAUGAUUAAGCAAGACCGUCAGCUGUUUUCGAAGAAAAACAAGAAUGGCGGCAAGCAAAAGUGUCAUUGUGCUCGCGCCGAAUGGUCGCCGACAAACCGUGAAAGUAACGCCAAACACGACAAUAUUGCAGAUACUGGAACAAGUGUGUCAAAAACAUGGCUACGAGACCGAGGAAUAUGACAUCAAGCAUUACAAUCGCGUUCUCGACGCCAAUGCCAUCUUCCGAUUUACCGGUUUACCGAACAACGCUCAACUGGAGAUGGUACCUUGCACCAAAAAGAGACUUGACUCAAAUGUGAUGGUUGGCAUUCAAACUGAAAGCGGAGACCGAGUGACAGGUGAAUUUCAGCCUAGUAAUUCCUUGGCUCAAGUUCUGAAUCAGCUGUGUCCGGACCAAAUGCUACCAACUGCAGCUCUUAUCUACAUGCAUCGCGAGGUCUGCGGGUUGGACCUACUGGAACAAACGACGCUCAGAUCGCUGGGACUGAACUGCGGCAGAGCUAUGCUUAGAUUAAUUCAUCGCGAUCCUGAGCAACCCAGAACUCAGGCUCAUGUGUCGGCUCCUUUGGCUGCAAGGCCGUCUCAAGAAAACAUUGACUUGGCACGCCGUAUGGCUGAAACUAAUCGACAGACAGCGGCAUUGCGAGGAGGCGCACAGAAAAAUAUAGAUCCCAUAUCAGUCCUGAAAACAGGAAAGACUGUACAGCAUCAUACACAAGCUUCAGUUUCAGAAAAGAUACCAAAACUUGAUUGCGAUCUGAAGGUUGAAGAAAAAACGGAUGUAACUGAAACUGAAAACACAGGAAUACCAAUGGAUACAUCUGAGAGUAGUAUAGAAGAAUCAAAAGUUGAAUUCCUGGGAGAUAGAAAUGCCCUAGUGUUUAAUCAGGCUGGAGCAGAAGCCUUGCCACGUAAUGAAUUACCCGACAACUUUUUUGACCUUACUGUCGAGGACGCUCGGCACUUACUGAAAGAUGCUAUCCGCCUUAGAGCAGAGCUGGAUGAGGCUCCACUUCUAACUUCGGCUCAGAGACAAUUGGACGAGAACAAAAGGAUUUUGCAUCAUUUACAUAAAUAUCGUAAAACCGUGAUUAGAAUUCAGUUCCCAGAUCAAUUGGUACUUCAGGGCUUGUUCGGCCCGCUUGAAACAGUUCAGGCAGUUAAAGAAUUUGUAAAAAUUUACCUUGCCAAUCCUGACGCCGAGUUCAUGCUUUAUACAACACCUCCACGUACUGUACUGGAUCCCGGUGCACGGUUGGUUGACGCCAAUCUAGUGCCCUCAGCUAUACUUCACUACUCUGGCCAGUCUAGUUUGAAAUCUGAACUAAACAACAAACUUACCGAUCCCAGAGUUGCUGGUAUUCAAGCAGUAAAAUCUAGAAUGGCAAUGGCGCGGAGAGGUGUGGACAGUUUUGAGAAUGAGGAUAUACCUGACAUCAGUAUGACACAGGAAAACAGACUGGAAAGGGUAGUAGAAACACCAAAGCAAUCAGAACCCACACCUGGACCGAGUCAUAGAAACCUUGCACAUGCAACCAAAGCUAAUGUACCGAAAUGGUUUAAGCAGCCGUUUAAAUAAUCAUUGAACCUUUUCUGAGAUAUCCUGGUAUGGAAUACCUCAUUGAAGCAGUAUGACUGAAUAAUGAGCUGUCAUUUACGUGUUUACUAUUGUUAUCUAUUAUUAAAAUACAGCAAGAGGAAAAGCUGUUAUCCCGAUUUUUCAUGUUAAGACCCUGUAGUAGUCCUGCUUUUACCGUCCGAGCAAACUCAUACCUUUUCUUCGUAUAUUAAAUAAACAGAAGGGGUUCAAGUCUCGACGGUGCAUCAUUCUUUCGUAGCGGAAUUCAGGAAUGUUACUCGUAUUCCAAAAAUCAUCAAAAACAUGAUUUUUUUAAACAUUUUACUAUUUCAACAUUUCUCGCAUCUCAGGGGCCAAAAGUGCAUGGUUGAGAUACUUUCCGCAAUUCCAGCAAGAAUGAGAAAUAAAAUGAGACAUCGCAAGACUGCUUUCAUGCAAUAUUAAGGCUGCUCAACGAAAACUAGGAAUUACAGUAAUUUUGUAGAUAAAAGACGCUCUCACGCUGUGCUCGGGCGACCAUACCAACCAAGGAACUUCGCGCCCAGCUGAUCGCUAGAGCAUUUUUUAUUUACGAAAUUAUUUGUAUCCCUAGUUUUCGUAUAGCGACUUCAAUAUUGCAUGAAAACAGUCUGACGAUGGCUUAUUUUAGUCCUCAUCCUUUCUAGAAUUGCGGAAGGUAUCUCAACUGUGCACUUAUUGGCCCUUGAAAUGCGGGAACUGUUUAAAUAGUAACGUGUUUCAAAAAACCACUCAUCUAUUUAAUGCUUUUCAAGAUAUGAGUAACAUUUUUGAAUUCCGCCAUGAAAGAGCGAUGCACCGUCGAAGCUUCAAGCCUUUCCGUUCAUUUGUUGAUUUAAUAUCGGAGGAAAAGGGAUGAGUUUGCUUAGUCGGUAGGGGUAGGCUGUGACAGGACCAUAAAUUAAAGAUUGAAAUGAUUUUUUGUAACAAUACAGUUCCUCACAGGCCUUUGUAAAACAAUAAAUGAUCUUCAAAUUUA